CGUAUCUCCUCCCCUCACUCAACCCCACCAUCCACCACAUACAUAAACCCAACAUGUCCACCCCCCAACCCAAACCCAUAAACCGCCUCGUCGCGCAAUACCUCCAACAACUCGAGACACCCUCCCUCUCCCUCCCCGAUGGCCCAACCCUCAUCAAUCCCGCUGUUCAGCGCGCAAUCUACACGCGCAUGUUCGACGAGUCUGCGACAUGGCCUCUCCCUCCGGUACACUAUCGCGCGCGCGUCUUGAAGAUGAUUCUUUCUAGGAUUGAGGGGAGUGUGGUUGAUCCUGAGGAGGAUGAAAUUUCCGACGACCUCACAGAAGCCUACAGCACCCUAAUAUGCACCCCGAAACCCUCCUCCAUCCAACAAGCCCAACAACUCACCUACGUAACCUACACCGCGCCUUCGCCCUCCCCGUCCUCCCCCGCACACACCGACAGUGAAAGCCACCCCCGCACAAUAAUAACCUCCGAAUCCCGCGGCCUAAUCCUCGCCUCAGGCACAACCGGCUUCCGCACCUGGGAAGCCGCCCUCCACCUCGGCACAUACCUCUCCACGCCCGCCGGCGCAGGUCUCGUGGCAGGGAAACGGGUCCUCGAGCUCGGCGCGGGGACAGGGUUCCUGUCUAUGUUCUGCGCGAAGUAUCUGCAGCCGGAAUCGGUGCUCGCUACUGAUAUGGAGCCUGCGCUGAUAGAUGGGAUGGUGGAUAGUGCGGGGCGGAAUGAAUUGGGGGAGAGGUUUGGGGCGGGGAUUUGGGAGUGGGGGACGGAGCUUAGACGGUUGGGAGGGGGGGAGGGGAAGAAACCCGAGUUUGAUGUGGUUGUUGGGGCGGAUUUGAUCUACGACACAGACCUCAUCCCCCUCCUGAUCAACACCCUCGACGACCUCUUCACGAACUACAAAGUCCGUGAAUUCAUCAUCUCGGCUACACUACGGAAUGAGAAAACAUUCAAUGCAUUCCUCGACGCUUGUCAAUCGGCGAACUUCAAAACAGAGCGUCUGCCAUUCGACUCGCCUGCUGAGAGUGAGCAGUUGGGGUUCUUCCAUUCGACGAGGAUUCCGAUUAGUACGUAUCGGGUUUGGAGGUAGAUACUUAC